AGGUGCUUCCGGAUCGUGUCCGUGAGGGGCGGAGGCUCGGAGGCUGCUGCUGCGGGCGCUCGGCGGCUGCUUUCCACUCGGCGGUGCUGAGGGGUCUGCCGGGGGUUUAUUUCAUCAUCCAAGUUCUUUGCUGCCAUAAUGAGGCUUGUCAUUCUUGAAGACUACGAUCAGGCAAGUGAAUGGGCAGCCAAAUACAUCUGCAAUCGUAUUAUCCAAUUCAAGCCUACUCAAGGAAGAUACUUCACACUUGGUCUACCGACAGGGAGUACACCAUUGGGCUGCUACAAAAAGCUAAUAGAAUAUCACAAGAAUGGAGAUCUCUCUUUCAAAUAUGUGAAGACUUUCAACAUGGAUGAAUAUGUUGGACUUCCCAGAAAUCAUCCAGAGAGUUAUCAUUCAUAUAUGUGGAAUAACUUCUUUAAACAUAUUGACAUAGAUCCAAAUAAUGCUCAUAUCCUUGAUGGGAAUGCUCCAGACUUACAGGUGGAAUGUGAUGCAUUUGAAAAGAAAAUUGAAGAAGCAGGAGGGAUUGAUCUGUUUGUUGGAGGCAUUGGUCCAGAUGGCCACAUUGCAUUCAAUGAACCCGGAUCGAGUUUGUCUUCAAGAACAAGAUUAAAGACUUUAGCAAUGGACACCAUUUUGGCAAAUGCUAAAUACUUUGAUGGAGACUUAUCUAAAGUACCAACUAUGGCGCUAACGGUUGGUGUGGGUACAGUGAUGGAUGCUAGAGAAGUGAUGAUUCUUAUAACAGGUGCACAUAAAGCUUUUGCAUUAUACAAAGCUAUUGAAGAAGGUGUCAAUCAUAUGUGGACAGUUUCUGCUUUCCAGCAGCACCCUCGUACUAUCUUCGUGUGUGAUGAAGAUGCUACUUUAGAACUAAGAGUCAAAACUGUGAAGUACUUUAAAGGACCAGAAGGACACUUAGUUACCAAGAUACCACAGUGCUAGAAUAUUGUAACUCAAGCUGUAAAACUAUUAGUAUGUGUGAAUCUGAUUGUUACAACAAAUUCUUGUAUGUGUUGCUGUUAAGCAUUUAUUAAUAAAAAAGAGAGAGAUGUAUCUCUCAUCAGGUGUUUAAUUGAUAUGAAAGUAUUCCAGAUCUUUUUAACUGGUCUGUGGUCAUUGCUGUCUCAUUUCUUUAGUUUAUACUGAAGAUGGCAAUAAUAUUUAAGUGAUACAGGAAAAAAUACAUAAUUAGCAUAUAUUGUCUUAAUUACUUUUGCUUUUAAACUACUUUUCAGUGAACUGUUUAAAAUGUAUACUUUGAAGUUAGCUCCAAAGGUAUGGAUAGGAAGACAUGUUGGAAAAAGUAUCUUAAAAAUUAUGUAAAGCUGGCAUUGUUGCUUUCCCCUCAAGGUUUAAUGCAUGUGCACAAUAAACUCGUGGACCCACUGUACAGUAUGAAAGAAAACUGAAAGAAGAAUUGAAGAGGAACUGCAUGUAGGUCAACAGCAACAGUUUUAGGUAGCAGAUGAGUUCACUGCUAUGCAAUAUACUGAAAACUGUUUAAAAUGGGAAAUCCUAGGUACUGUAUUUUUUUUUAAAAGGUCCAAUAUAUGUACAUUCACAUUCCAUCUCUAUUUGGUGUUGUGCAUUUUGCUUUAAUAUUUAGACCUCUGGCUGUUACAGUAACUAAAUGGAACAGAACAAGCCUGUGGGAGGCUGCAUGUUAUAUAGGGGUGGAGGGGGGUGGGACAGAGCACUUAUUUUAGCACAGCAAUGCACUGCAUCUGCCUGUUAGAGGAAGUGAUAGAUUAUUUCCAAUAAUCUGUAAUUGUGGCCUCCAUUAGUGCAACUACACUUUGCAUUUGUAUUUCUAGGCAGAAUGGUUUUGGCCUUUGUUAAAUACUAUGGACUUGUAAUAGCUGUACAAUUUCUACUAUGAAAUGUUCUGUUUACAUAAUGCACACUGAGCUUUUGCACUUGAUUGCCUUAAAUUUAUCUUAUACAAACAGUUUUUGGGCAUCUCAAGUCCUGCUGUACAAUUCAGGCAAAUAAAGAUACAAAAACAGUGCCUAAAAAUGCACCCAGUUCUUGCAAGUGUUAUAACUUACUCUGGUUACUUACAUUAAAUGUCUGCCAUAGCACUUCUUCCUCUCAUGUAUUUCAAAUUACUUUAGGGUUUUUAUAUUUUUAGUAAUUGUGCUUUAUAUAUAAGGAAAAAUCUAAAUGUUCCUUUCUGGAUAUGUUUAAUUGUAUUGGAUGGUGUCAUUAAAUGCCUACAAAUAAGUUAAUUUAUAGGAACAUGAAGUCUACAGAUUUAAAUGAUCAUGUAUUAAAGCCUGCUGUUAACCACUCUGUAAUAAUUACCUCUUACUGUAUCACUAUAAAUAUUGAACUGUCACAAGGAAUGUUAUUUCCUCCUUUGAGUAAGUAAAACUUAAAUGUAUCGUUUCCAAAUUGUUUUGUUUCUGAUGUGGAGGGGAGAGGUUCAGUAUUUUGUCAUCUUCAUUGAAGGAAGAGACUAAGAACCAUCUGUGGCUUUUAUUAUUUUUGUGAUCCACUGACUGAGCCUAACUUAAACUAAAUUCUUCAAUUUAAAUGUUAA